AUGAGAGAAAUGCGCUUCUCUGUGCAGUCAGUACUUUUCUUCUAUAUUGUUCACCAAGUUUUGGGUAACAAUUAUGCAAGUGAUUCAAUCACUUGUUAUACGACUUAUGAUGAUCAAGAAACAAGAAGUCGUGGAACAAACAAAUUGUUGAAUUAUUCAUUUUAUGAAGCACAUACAACACAAUACACAACUUUCGAAGGAGAACUAUGUUCAGUUGUUGGUUGCGUUUGUUUCAGCUAUCAAGAUGUUUGUUCAUAUUUACCAAAAAUAUCAAAUCAUUUAUCACAAUGUACACAACAAGAUCGACAAAAUGGAAACAUCAAAUGGCAUCGUGGAUGGACAUCCAUUGCUACAUGUGAACAAAUGCGUCAACAAUCCGACAAAUAUCGUAAUCUUACUUGUUGUUACGCCAAUCGAUGUAAUGAUCAACCAGGAAAAGUUAUCACUCUAGUCGAAACAUCCGAGCCAAGUCCAUUAAAUUUAAUUUUUUAUAUAUUAAAUACAGUGUAA